AUGACUCUUCUCGCUCUCGCUUUGCUUCCAUUGGCAGCUGGCACUGUUGUUCGUCCAGCCGAUCUGCCAGAGGAAGAGUUUGACAACUUUAUCGCCAAGUACCAUCGGAACUACACGAGACACAGCCCAGAUUACCUGGAGCGCUUGUCGAUUUUCCGCACGCGCUUCAACGAAGCACAGCGCCUCAACGCGCUGCCAGGACGCGGAUGGCGCGCGGGAAUGACCCCUUUGGCUGACUAUACCGACAAGGAGCUGAAGCAGAUCAGGGGCUGGAAAGGUGCUCGACGUAGCUCAUCCGGCAGGAGCAAUCUGAAUCUGCUGCAGAAUGAUGAUUUGCCGGAGAAUUGGCAGAAAUGGAGGAAUCUUAAGACGUUGCAGGUGAUUGCCAAUCAGGGCUCCUGUGGCUCCUGCUGGGCCGUCACCUCCGCCACGAUCCUCAACGCGCACCGCGAGAUCUACCGCAAUGCCACUGAGCUCCUCUCACCACAGGAGCUCGUGAAUUGUGCCUUGGAAACCAGUUGGACGGGACCCGUUUGGAAGAAUGCUAGGGCUUGGAAUCAGAAGCUGGUAAGCUGA